AUGUUAAUUCGCAGUGAUUACCAGCUGGUGGAUUACACAGUUGCUCUUUUGCGCAAGUUUGGUACGCAAGAAAUGCUUGUUGGGCUGCCGUGGCGUGUUCUGGCAGCUCUUCUUCCACCUGGUGCAGGCUGGCCGCGUGACUCUGUGCUACUUAUGAAAAAGGUAGCACGUCUGACCCCGCAAGUGGUCAUUUUUGACGAAACGAUGUUUCUUAUUAGCGAUAAAAAUCAUCGCCGGGAACUUGGACGUAAAUGUGCAGAAUGGCCUUAUACGACGUCAGUCAAAUUAGCAGCACUUUGCGAGGAUGGCAGCGAACAAUAA